UGGAUCAGGGGGGCACAAGACGCGCCUACCCGAGCCCAGAGACUUCGCUUUGUCCGGAACAGGAGACAAGAGACUACAAGACACCUGUCAGAAGGCUGCAUAUCUUACACUGCCGUGCCUCGGGACUGCAGACCGCUCAGCUGCCAUGGACGCACGGCCGCUAUAGCGCUCCACAAUCCUCUCGCGCUCUCGUCUUCGGCUGUCCUGUCCUCUUCAUCCGUAUGUCUUCUCCGCUGGGUCAACUCGUAGGUCUUCCCUUAGAAAUAAUGCACUCCAUCAACGAAAAAGACACUACUUACACCAAAAUAUUCGUCGGUGGACUGCCUUACCACACGAAUGACGCUUCCCUUAGGAAAUAUUUUGAGACUUUUGGAGAUAUUGACGAAGCGGUGGUGAUAACAGACAAGCAGACGGGCAAGUCUAGAGGAUAUGGAUUUGUGACCAUGAUGGACAGAGGAGCAGCAGAGCGAGCCUGCAAAGACGCAAACCCAAUCAUCGAUGGAAGAAAAGCCAAUGUGAACCUGGCCUACCUGGGAGCUAAGCCGCGAGCUUCACAGACAAGUCUCUCUGUUGGAGUGCAGCAGAUCCAUCCUUCGUGGGCUCAAAGACAAUACGGCCUGGCGCAGCAUUACCUUUACCCUCAGACUUUCCUCCAGCCAAGCCUCCUGCUCCAGUCCCCUCUGAGCUCCGCACCCGCCCUCGCCUCUCCGUACCUGGACUACUCCUCCGUCUACACCCCCUACGUCCAGACCACAAUGGAGCAGUACCCCUAUACGCCCUCCCCAUCGCCCUCUGCUGGUGGAUACCUUAGCUAUGCCCUCUCGCCCGGGACCUCCGCUACAGCCCUCACUGCCCCCACGAACACCCCGAACGCCCUGCACCCUUCUCUGGCAGCGCUCGCUACGAUGUCUGCACCUCCUGCCACUUUCCUCCACUACCCCAUGCACCAGCCAGAUCGCUUACAGUAAAGCAGAAGAACUUGAUGAAUUUUUUAAAACGUAAAACAAAAAAAAUAAAUAAAUAAACUGAUGCAACCUGUGACAUCAUCAGAACGAGACAGGACAACAAGGAGGAGUGUGAUGUAAUCAAAGGGCUUCUCACGUGACACUCUGAACCUUUAUAAUAUCAAUGUUAAAAUACUUCAUGAAACUAUUAUGUUAAUUUCUGAAUGUGUUUCCAAGUGGUAGAGAUGUGAUACAACAUUUUUGUCCUUUGUCCCAUUUUCUGAAAGGAGACUUAGCAUGCUAUUUAAGUUAUAAGAAAAACAUACUUAUUCAUUCAUGUAUCUGCAGCUUAUGGACAUAAACAACUGAAACUAAGGCCCAUCUGGCUUUUAUGGAAGUGUUAUUGCUUUACCUGGAAAGUUCCACAUUAUGGCAUUAAACACUUUCUUCAGUCAUAUAUGUUUUUAUUGCUCUAUGAAAUAAGUCGUAAAACAUGGAUUCUUACUGCGAACGGCGGUGACUCCACAGAUCUGACCUCCUGGUUGUGUCUUUGGAGAUACAUUUAAUGCCAUUGUGGGGAACAUGGGCAAAGCAGUCUUAUUUCUGUGAUGGCAGUUCUACUAGAAAAGUUACGUCACGCACCUUUAAAGUUACAAAGUAUUCAAGACAAAAAUCACAGAUGGCGCAAUUGCAAUGAGUACAUCCCUUUAAGUGAACUUGUCCACGUCCCUGUUUACUUUGUCGUUUUUAUUAACCGCUCAAGUCAAAUGAACAGUUUUAUUUAUUGUACUAUUAUUUCUGUCUUUUAUUCGGAGCUGGCAGGUUAUUAUAGUACAACGAUAAUCACAACGUAACUAAAUAUGCAAUUGUAAUGAAGGAUUGAACUGACUGAGGUAGACAGCACUGGUACAUUUAUGUUUUAAUAUUAGUGCUUGAACAUUAUUUUUAUUACAUAAUAGCACAUAAUGAAAUGUAAUGAAUGCCUUUGAGUUUCAGCUUUACAUUGGAAAUGAUCAGGCUGCACAAAACCCCCCAAAUGAUCAUUAUCUCCAUAUGUCAAGAAACCAAACAUAUCAAAAUAUCAGAUGUGUAAACCUUCUUUUGUAAUUACAGAUGCAGUGGAAUAUGGAAAUAUGUUUCAAUAAUUAAAUAUUAAGCCCAGUAGUUUUGUUUAAAAUAUAGUCCUGGUUUGAUCUUGAUUUAGCCUCUGGUUCUUUUGACAUCAGGUUGAUAUGCUUUUCUGAGUUUGUAAUAAAUACAUAAUAGUCAGUAGCCUAUGAUAAUUAAAACAAUGGUGAACAUGGAGUCAACGAAGCUUUACAUGUCGGCUUGAAAAUAAGUGAAUUAUCUGAAGUUACUGCAUCAAACAUAAAGUAUAAAUUGUUAUUCAAGCUAAAAACAACAUUUUUUUUCUCUCAUUGUACAGGUUAAUAGACAUGUACACUGAAAAACAUGCUUGUCUUCAUGGAUAGGGUAUUUCUGUGCCUGAAAGUUCCACAGUACAGCAUUUAACAGGUGUUUAUAUUUAAAAAAAAAACAAAACCCUGAAAGGGUCACUUCUCCACAGGCCUGAUCUGUAACUUGGCCUGUUGGUGUUGCCUGUUCAUCUCCAUGGCAAGUCGUUUAAUGCCAUACUGUUAUUUCAGGCAAAUUAAGCAAUAACAUCUCCAUGGAGACAAGCAGAUGGUGAGCCCGCCCUCAGAAAACUUUAUGUACUGCCUUUUACAUAAAUGUAUUAUGUUGUGUUCUCCAUUUAAUUAUUCUAUGUUGAUUCAAAGUAAAUAUUUAGAUUUUAAAUUAAUCUACUUAAACUAUUCAAUUAACAUGAAAUCUUUAAUUGAAAACAGAUAAUUUAUUACGUUUUAUCAAAUUUGAUUCUUUUGUGUAGAUGGACUUGUACACUGUAUUGACUUAGUGCUGUGUGUUUAGUGAGGACAGUGUGAAUGAGACAGAGACAUGGUGCAGUGUACAGCAGUGUCAGGCCCUUUGUCCUUUGUUUCUCCAGCUGCAGAAAUACAACCAUUCAUUAGAUUAAACUGUCAGAGCCACUGCCCAAAGCCACCGAGAGCCAUGUGUACAACCAAUAUGCAAAAUAAACCACUUCUUUUUAAAAAAA